UAUAUAAAAAGCAAUCUUCUCAAACUUUUGUCAUACCAUUUCCAGACACUCAGAGAGAUUCAAUUCACAGUACUUUUUUUCUUCUAUCUGUUGAUCUCCAUCUCAGCUCGAUCGACCUAGCUCUCUCUUACUACUCUAAGAUCGAUCCAUCUCUAAAGAUGAGGAGGAAUUGCAACUUGGAACUCCGCCUUCUUCCCUACUCAGCCUCUCUUCCUUCCGCUCAUUCCGACGACCGACACCAGCCGCCCAUGAUGGAAGAGAGAAUUGGAAACCCACAACAGAAACACCGAGAGCAGCAGCAGCAGCAACAACAACAACAACCGCUGACCAUCUUCUACAAUGGCAAGAUUUGCGUUUCAGAUGUUACAGAGUUUCAGGCUAGAGCCAUUCUUUUGCUUGCAACAAGAGAAAUGGAGGAAAGAUUGAAAACUACUCCAACGUCUGGGUCGGAGCCCUCUUCACCAACGUCCCUGCAGUCUCCGAUAUAUACCCCUACUGCUGGUCUUUCCAUGAAGAGAUCAUUACAACGGUUUCUCCAGAAGAGAAAGCAUCGCAGCCAAGCAGCAUCACCAUACAAUCAUUAGGCAAAUAGAUCAAUGAGUGGAUAUUAUAUCCAACGUAUUAUUAAUGGAGAGAUCAAGACAAAUUUAUUUAUAUCGUUUCUACAAAUCCUUGCUUAUUUAUGUUCGGGAUUGAGAUUUUAUGAGACUUGUAAAUUACUAUUUGUUUCUUUAUUAAUAUUGCUUUUAUAA